GCAACUUCUAUAAAUAUUUACGGAGAGAAUAGGCAUGCUCUUCUAUACAUAUAUAGUCCAGCUCCAGCUUAUAGAAACAGAGAGAGAAAUUGUCAAAUUUUCAGAUUAGAAAUAUGGACUCAGCUGACGACGAAAAUCUGAGAGGCCAAGCCGAGAUAUGGAAGUACAUGUUCCGCUUCGUGGAUUCCAUGGCCUUGAGAUGCGUUGUGGAGCUCCGAAUACCCGACAUCAUAAACUCCCACGGAGGCCCAAUCACUCUGGCCCAAAUAGUUUCCUCAAUUCCCGAGGCUUCCUCCCCAGAUAUUUCCUGCCUCGCGCGUAUCAUGAGAUUCCUGGUCCGCCGAAACAUCUUCACCGCACAUCACCCAUCGAACGGCUCAGAAGACAUCACUCUCUACGGCCUGACCCACUUGUCGAGAUGGCUGCUGACGUGCGAGCAAACUCUGGCUCCGAUGCUUCUGUGGCAGACCGAUCCGACGUUGAUGACUCCGAUGCACUACUUUAGCGGAUGCGUCAAAGGUGGUGGAGUUCCCUUCGAGAAGGCCCAUGGACGCGGGAUGUUUGCUUUCAUGUCUGAGAAUGAAGAGUUCGGUAAGGCGUGUAAUGAUGCAAUGGAAUGCACGGCCAGGAUCAUUUUGAAGGAAAUCCUGAGCGAUAGUCAGUGUGGUGAUCAUGUGUUCGGUUGUUUGGGGUCGUUGAUCGACGUGGGUGGUGGGACCGGUGGAGCCCUGUCUGAGAUCGUGAAAUCUUAUCCGCACAUCAAGGGGAUCAAUUUUGAUCUGCCGCAUGUUGUCUCCAAGGCUCCGGUAUAUGCAGGGGUGAGCCAUGUCGCGGGGGACAUGUUUGAGAGCAUCCCCAGUGCUGAUGCUGUUUUCAUGAAGUGGAUAAUGCAUGAUUGGAUGGACGAAGAUUGUGUGAAGAUUUUGAAAAAUUGUCGAAAAGCAGUACCAGAGAAAAGUGGCAAAGUUAUUAUAGUGGAUGUAGUUUUGGAUCUAAAAGGCAAUGGAUUAUUUGAUGACAUGGGCUUGAUAUUGGAUCUCCUGAUGGCUGCACAUUCUUUGGGUGGAAAAGAAAGAACUGAGAAGGAGUGGAAGAAAAUAUUAAAAGAAGGAGGUUUUUCUUGCUACAAAAUAAUCAGAAUUUCUACCUUUUUAUCCAUCAUCGAGGCCUAUCCAGAGUGAUUAUCAUCAUCUCAUUGAAAACUCGUUCAUAUAUAUGUAUAUAUCUAUCAAUGAAUAAUAAUAAGUUGGUCUUUGGUCUUGUUAUAUGAUCUUAUCUUGGUCUGUAUAACUAAUUCACUGGUAUUGUGCAUUU